AUCAACAUGGCAGCCUCCUUUUAAGUGAGAUCUUGUAGUUUUCUGUCUAUGCAAGCUGGGAGUGAAGAGGAGGAGGAGGGAGAGGAGGAGGAGGAGGAGGGGGGAGAGGAGGAGGAUAUCGUGUGCGUCAGUAACUCAAACAUGUUCCAAUAACGGGAUGUGUUAUCUGCUGCUAUUUGCAGUUUCUGUAGCCAGGCGAGCUUGAGCAAGAAGCUGCUGCAGCUCCUUCUGGUGCUCCUCUGUGAUGGAAACGCUCUCAUCAGAAAUGACUUCUGCAUGGCAACUGGCAGAGAAGAAGGAAAGCGCUGAUUUUGGCUCAACACUCAUCAUGCCAAAGUCAAGGUGUUCCUCUGAGCCUCAGCUCUGAGGAGAUCAAGGAUGGCAGGAGGCUUCAAAAGGAGUAUAAGGGUGCAGAGGAGGUUGUUUAUGGGGCUGCUUACAGUCACUGUGGUGCUGGUUUGUGAUCUGAACUGGCUGAGUUUGAAGGAGCAGGUUGGAGUCAAAGCCCAGAGCAAUGAGAGAAGAGUUUUGGCACACAUCCCCGGUGACAUAAUCAUCGGAGCUUUGUUCUCUGUCCACCAUCAACCACCUGCUGACAAGGUACAUGAGAGAAAAUGUGGAGCUGUGCGUGAGCAGUAUGGGAUUCAGAGAGUAGAGGCCAUGAUGCACACUCUGGAUCGGAUUAAUGCAGAUUCCACAAUCCUUCCCAACAUCACCCUGGGCUGUGAGAUCAGGGACUCAUGCUGGCACUCUGCAGUAGCACUGGAGCAGAGCAUUGAGUUUAUCCGUGACACACUGGUCUCCAGCGAUGAUGAAGAGAGCCAAGGCAGAUGCUCCACUGAAGGAGGGAGUGUUCUUCUUCAGGGCAAGAAACCCAUUGUUGGACUAAUUGGACCCGGAUCAAGCUCUGUCGCCAUCCAAGUGCAAAAUCUCCUCCAGCUUUUUAAUAUUCCUCAAAUAGCCUACUCAGCCACAAGCAUGGAUCUCAGCGACAAGAGCCUGUUUAAAUACUUCAUGAGGGUGGUGCCAUCAGACAUGCAACAGGCCAGAGCCAUGGUGGACAUCGUCAGGAGGUACGGCUGGAGCUAUGUGUCUGCGAUACACACUGAGGGUAACUAUGGUGAAAGUGGAAUGGAAGCAUUUAAAGACAUGGCAGCAAAGGAGGGAAUCUGCAUCGCCCACUCUGAUAAGAUUUACAGCAAUGCAGGAGAACAGAGCUUUGACAAACUACUGGAAAAACUCAGAGGUCAUUUGCCCAAAGCUAGAGUGGUAGCCUGCUUCUGUGAGGGGAUGACGGUCAGAGGCAUACUGAUGGCCAUGAGACGCCGGCGUUUGGUCGGGGAGUUUCUGCUGGUUGGCAGUGACGGCUGGGCUGACAGGUACGACGUGACAGAUGGCUACGAGAGAGAAGCAGCCGGUGGAAUCACCAUAAAGCUGAAGUCAGCUUAUGUUACCUGGUUCGAUGACUAUUACCUGAACCUGAAGCCUGAUGCCAACCCGAGAAAUCCCUGGUUUCCUGAAUUCUGGCAGCACCGCUUCCAGUGCAGGUUGAGAGGCCAUCCUCAGGAGAACACGAUGUUCAACCGUACUUGCAGCUGGAGAGAGUCUCUGCGCCACCAGUAUGCCCAGGACACCAAAAUGGGUUUUGUCAUAAAUGCCAUAUAUUCCAUGGCUUAUGGCCUAAAUGCCAUGCAGCAAUCUCUCUGUCCGGGGUAUAAGGGUUUGUGUGAGAAUAUGAGACCCAUCGAUGGUCGCAAACUCCUUGAUUUCCUAAUGAAAACCAAUUUCACCGGAGUGUCCGGUGAGACCAUCCUCUUCGACCAGAAUGGUGACUCACCUGGCAGGUAUGAAAUCAUGAACUUCAAGCAGAUUGGUGAGAACGAAUACUCUUACAUCCAUGUGGGAAGCUGGGAUCAGGGAGGACUUAAGAUGAAUGAUGAGGAAAUCUGGAGCAACAGCAGUGAAGUGAUCCAAUCGGUCUGCUCUGAGCCCUGCCAGAAGGCCCAAAUCAAGGUGAUCCGAAAAGGAGAAGUGAGCUGCUGUUGGACUUGCACUCCCUGCAAGGAGAACGAGUUUGUGUUUGAUGAAUACACUUGUCGAGCCUGCACCCUUGGCUCUUGGCCCACUGAUGACCUCACUGGUUGUGAACCAAUUCCAGUGCAGUACGUGCGUUGGGGGGAUCCAGAGCCCAUUGCUGCUGUAGUCUUUGCCUGUCUGGGCCUGAUGGCAACACUUUUUGUUACUUCUGUUUUUAUCAAGUUUUGGGACACUCCUGUGGUCAAGUCAUCGAGCCGUGAGCUUUGUUACAUUAUUCUAGCUGGAAUUUGUUUGGGCUACCUAUGCACUUUCAGCCUAAUUGCCAAGCCACACAUUAUCUAUUGCUACCUGCAGCGACUGGGAAUUGGUUUGUCCCCCGCCAUGAGCUACUCUGCUCUCGUCACUAAGACCAACCGUAUAGCACGCAUCUUGGCAGGCAGCAAAAAGAAGAUCUGCACCAAGAAACCUCGCUUUAUGUCCGCCUGCGCACAAUUGGUCAUUGCCUUCCUACUCAUACUGCUGCAGCUGGGAAUUAUUGUGGCACUUCUUAUCAUUGAGCCCCCACAGGUGAUCUACGACUACCCCAGUAUCCGUGAAGUGCAUUUAAUCUGCAACCUGACCACUUUGGGGGUGGUGGCACCACUGGGCUACAAUGGGUUGCUCAUCCUCAGCUGCACCUUUUACGCCUUUAAGACCCGUAAUGUACCAGCUAAUUUUAAUGAGGCCAAGUACAUCGCCUUUACCAUGUACACCACCUGCAUUAUCUGGCUGGCUUUUGUUCCCAUUUACUUCGGAUCCAACUACAAAAUCAUAACCAUGUGCUUUAGUGUCAGCCUCAGUGCCACAGUGGCUCUCUGCUGCAUGUUUGUUCCGAAGGUGUACAUCAUGCUUGCCAAACCUGAAAAGAAUGUCCGCAGCGCUUUCACCACGUCCACAGUUGUGCGCAUGCAUGUAGGCAAUGCCAAAAAAGCAGCCAAAACUGGCAAAUCUUCAAGCAGUAUGGCCAACUUGUUCCGGCGGAGCGGAUCUACCCAGGAUAAUGUCAGCUCCAAUGGAAAAUCGGUGACCUGGGGACAGAACGAGCGCAGCUACAGACCAAACCUAUGGAAGAGGAUGUCAUUCCACAUCAAGAAGAAAGAAGCCGUUGAAGUGAAUCAGACAGCCAUCAUCAAGCCCUUUUCAAAGGAAGAUGCUCCUGCGGACAGUGGUUCAAAAGAGGAGUGUGAGGAGCCACAGGUGUCUCAGACUUUGCCCUGCUAUCCUUCACAGUCACCUCAGACCGACGUCGGUGCACAUUCGUCAAAGGCAAAAGUCUGCCAGAGAGAAGACAGCGACAAGGAGGCACAGAUUUUACCAACAUAUGUACCCGAGCAUCCUGCUGGGAUCAGACGAAGAGGCGGGGAGAAUAGUCAGGCUGUUGGUUUUGUUGAUGAUGGAGAUAUUAGCAUCAUAAGUGUGGGUGACAUUGGCCAAACUCAAGGUGCCACAAUCAUGGACCAAAUAAGCUGCGUGGUUAACCGUUUCACGGCCAACAUCAGCGAGCUAAACACCAUGAUGCUUCCAGGAGGAGCCACCGUUAAUUCUCCCUGCACCGGAGCCCUACCUGAUGGGGAUCCCUCCCAGGGUGCACCUCAGUACCUCACGCCCAGAAGCAGGCAGGGCCCCCCCACGGCCACCACAUACGCUGAGGUGAUGGCUGUCCCCAACUUCUGUGACAAUCCAGCGAGUAAGAUCUACGAGCACCUGGCUGGAACUCGCGUGGCUGGCAGGCGAGCCAGAGAUACUGAGGAGCUGAUGGCUCUUACCCCACCUUCUCCUUUUAGAGACUCAUCUCUGAGUUCUGAUGGCAGCUCACCCCCUUCAAUUUCCCCUGCUUCCGAGGCUGACUAUGACCAGCUGCUGCUCAAACAUUAUAGCCAGAGCUCCUCCUCACUCUAAAUCGUCCUCUUUGUCUCUUCUGGGAAUAUUCUGAGUCUUCUCAGUCUGCGGAAACUGUUUUCUGCCUUUCUGCACACGGAUAGCAGUUUUGUAGAAUCACAUUUUAGAUGAGACUGUAUGCUUCCCACAAUUCUCAUUUCAUAAGACUUCAUAAGAUGGCAAAGGUGCAUUUUUCACUGCCCAACAAAAUCUUAAGAAACGUCAGUUCCACUGCUUUUACGAUGAUCUAAAAACAUGGGCAUUUUCUAAAGUCUUUCUAAAACUUUUCUCUGACACCUCAGUUUUAAACUCCAAAGAGCUAAAAUGACCAGAAGAGGAAAAACAGUUUUUUUUUCGACUUUGGAACUUCAUCCACCACUGUCAAAAACAGACAUUUAUCAGGUGUUCUUAUUUCUUUGGUUUGUGUCAAUAUUGCAAAUAUGUCUUAAUAUUGCAUGUUUCUUAAGAAUUGAGAAAGUUAGGUGUUUGAAUUUACAGCAGGUUGUUGAAAUACCGUUGAAUUUUUUACAAUUUUUGCCUUUUCUUUUUUUAAUGUCCUCGCUUUUAAUUGACAUUAUAUAAAUCAAUUCACCCAACCUAUCAUGUUUUUAGCUCUGGAUGCAAAUGCGUCCUGAAAAAAGAAAAACAAUAAAACACAAGAUUCCUACACUGCCUUUUUUGAUAGGCUGGUACUUUCUAAAGCUUGACUUUCUGUGUUGUAAUAAUCAAGAACAGAAAAAGCUAAAAUGCUCCAAAAAUGCACUUUUAUAUUUUCUAGGUGGGGACUUAGGAAAAAAUGCAUGCAAUGAUAAACCUUUUACACCUCCAAGUCUCAGCGGACAACGUUAUCAGGUUAGAAACCCACAAUUAGUUUCUGAGCUAUUUUUUUUUGGAUUCUCUUAUCUAAUUGUGACUUGAAUGUAUAAUGAGUUGUGAUUUGUUGUGGACCAAAAUAACUCUCAGGAUGUGUCUGAACCAAAAAAGUUUGACCGCCACUUUUCAUCCUGCAGAACAGGCCCUUGUCACACGUGUUGGCUCAAAUCAAUACAUGUUAGCAUUCUCUGAAUUAUGUUUGCAAAGAAUUUUUUUAUAACAUUGCCUUGUUAAACCUCUGUAUUUAUAGUAGCAAAAAUAAUGACAUUCAUCUUUAGGUGUUUAAAGGCAAACUUAAAAGAAACAGUCAAGUGGAUAUGCCUGAUGCUUCCAGCCUUUAUUUUAGUUCAAAUGUGCCAAUAUCUCCUUGCAAUGGAUAGCAUUGUUUUUCUUUUUGAGGACUAAGUUUUUUUUUUUUUUUUUUAUUUAAUCUUGAGUGUAUUUGUUGAUUUAAUGCUUGAACAUUUCAUUUUACUGGAAAUGAUUGUUCUUGUACAAAAAAGGGGUUUCUGCCUCUUCAUAAAAUGUAAAUAGUUGAGAGACCCAUUACAGGUUUUGCAGCUUUUCGACCUUUAGAAAGAAACUGGUUCAUCUUUUGUUGUAGUUAUAGCUAUCUUUACAUUCUGCUUGCUUAUUGUUCUCUGCUUUUUUUCAAGAGUAAUCAAGGCUUUAGACAUGCUUUUGUUUGUUAUGGUUGCAGAAGGCUGUCUUUUGAUGUGGUUUGUUACUUUGGUAUAUUUUUAAAAUGAGUUUGCAAUAUAAUCAUAAGGAUUUAGCAUAUUUGCAUGCAGAUCUGUGCCAACUCAGAUAAUGCAGAUGCAUACUAUUCUUUGUGCCAGUAACUACUGAUGUAAUCUGCAGAAUGUUUGGCUUAUCUUUUCAUCCUCCUCUCUGAUAACCGGAAUAUACAAAACAGGGUUGUCCCGCAUUAAAGAAAUCCAUCCAAAGGGA